AUGAAACUGCUAGGUCCACUCGAAUUUUCUGAUAUGAAUUUGGGUCCACCAAAUAAAAACUCUUCUAUAUUAUGUACAUCAUCUCGAUUUACUGAACGUUCGUAUAUAUGUGGAUAUUUAGGAAUAACUGGCUUAAUCGAUGAGUAUCCAAUACUCUCAACGUUUUUCGAUGCAGAAAUUAUAUCCAAACGGUAUCCAUUUUUAACACGUAAAUGGGAAGCCGAUGAAGAAGUUGACAAACAACAUUGGAGUAAAUUCGAUGCAUUUUUACCAUUUGUUGAUACAUUCAAUACUGAUUCAUUCGAUUAUGAUCAAUUAUUAGUAGGAAAAACUUCUGAUUUUGUUUUUAUGAGAUGGAAAGAACAUUUUCUUGUGCCGGAUCAUACGGUUAGAGAUAUAACUGGUGCAUCGUUCGCUGGAUUCUAUUAUAUAUGUUUACAAUUAAGUACUGGGAAACUACAAGGAUAUUAUUAUCAUCAUUCAUCUGAAUGGUUUCAAAGUUUAACUUUGGAACAUGUACCACAGAAGACAUCAAGUGUCUUUCAAUUUCGUUAA